CUUUCGAUUCUCCACAAUCCAUCCCCGUCACUACUACGCGAUACACGGCCCCCAUUGCCCAUCAUGGCUGCCGACAAGAAACUCGCCAAGAAGUCCAGCUCGGACAAGAAGCAGAAUAAGACGUCUGCAGUAGCCGCGUCAACAACAACAGCCGCUGAAGCACCUCUUGACCUUGUCAGGAAGUUCCUCGAGCAGCAGGGAGAGAAAGGCGCUGCUAGCAAGCUCAAUGAGUUUGAGAAGUGGCAGAAGAGCGGAGGCGCAACCAAUUCCCCAGAUGCGCCCGAGCCCAUGGACGUCGACGAGGAGAGCGCCUCCAGCAGCGAUUCCAGCAGCGGCUCCGAUAGCGACUCUGACAGCGACUCCAGCAGCGACUCUAGCAGUGAGUCAGAGACUGAGAAGAAGCCCCAAAAGGCGAAGAAGGCACCUGUAAAGAAGGAUGACUCGAGCUCGUCGAGUUCGGACUCGAGCUCAGACUCUUCUGACUCAGAGUCGGAAAAGGAAAGCGCCCCCGUCAAGUCCAAAGCAAAGAAGGCCAAAUCUGUCUCAUCAUCUUCUGCUUCUUCGUCCAGCGACUCUAGCGACUCCAGCGAUUCAGACAGCAGCGAUGACGACGAACCUGCCAAUGUCCCUCUGCCCGACUCCGAUUCCUCGGCCGCAUCAAGCGAUUCAUCGGACAGCGACUCUAGCAGUGACAGCGACUCCGGUAGCGACUCCGAUAGCAGCUCCGAGUCAGAAAUCGAGAAGAAGACAAGCAAGAAGAACAAGGGCAAGAAGGCUGCUUCAGUGUCAUCUUCGUCUGCUUCUAGCGCUUCGGACUCUAGCGACUCCAGCGAUUCAAGCGACUCCGAAAGCGACUCCGACGCAAAGCCCACCAAGGCAAAGGCUAAGAAGAGUGGAAAGAAAGCAGCCACGCCAUCCUCUGACAGCUCCUCAAGCUCCUCCGAUAGCGAUUCGAGCUCUUCUGACAGCUCUGAUUCUGAAUCAGAAAAAGUGUCUAAAUCUACUGCGUCCGAGCGCAAGGGUUCCGCCAGUGACUCGUCCCACACCAUUCCCGCAGCAUCGCCUGCGCCCGCCAGUAACAAGCGUAAGGCUGUCUCCCCUUCUGCAGAGGCCCCGAAGUCAAAGCGAAGCCACGUCGAGAACCGAUUCCAGCGCAUCAAACCCGACACACAGGUUGACCCUAGGCUCGCAAGCAACGCAUAUGUUUCAUACGACUAUGCCGACCGCGCUCAUGCCAAGCUGAUCAUCACGAAAGGCAAGGGAUUCACCAAGGAAAAGAACAAGGGAAAGAGGGGCUCCUACAGAGGUGGUAUGAUUGAUACCUCUGGCGGCAAGGGUAUCAAGUUCGAGGAUUAGAUGACUAGUUGGACUUAAGGAUUUGAUCCGGAGUCUACAGUCCUUGAUAUCUCAACUCCACCAUGCACGCGCAGCUAUUCGAAAUAUUAGGAGCAACAUUUGCGCGCGUACGCCUGGGCGAGGGGAAACAGCAGAGGCACGAUCUUGAACCUUCAAAAUCGCAAAACAUGGAUCAUUGGCGCGUACGAUUUCGGCGAACUGGAGUUAUCAUGUACACCAAAAGCAACAUACCCUUCGAUGGCAGUACUUUAUAUUAGAUUUUGAGCGGUUGACAGACUGCUG